UUCGCUCCACCGUCGUACGCCGUCGAACGAUGUCAGUUGUUGGUUAGCCAGUGCCUGCCGUUUGUUACGAUUCCACACUAUACGGGUAGUUAGUGCGCUCGCCCACUGGCCCGCUGCCGUCAAUCAGUGUUGUCAGUGCACCAUAUCAUACACUAAGUACUACUAGCUUGUGUUUAGCCAAAUCGCGUUCGCACGGCAGCUUAACGAAAUCUUCAAUAUUAAUUUGUGUGCUGCCAAAAAGUGUUAACUGUAAAAAUUUGGAAACGAAAUUCAUUUUCGGUGUGAUUUUUAGGCGUAACAACGUAAAUUUUGGCAAAAAGUAAAAACUCGACUCUGUAACGAAGAAGAAACAGCAAAUCGUGCGUGUGCCAGUAAACUAAGAAAUUGCGUCGGCAAAAGUGCGUAGAAAAAAUUUCCAAGUUGUGCAAAGAAAAAAAAUAGCGCCGGUAGCUUUAACUGUUUUCAUGGAUUUAUGUACAAAUGUGUUUAUAUAUCGCUUGGAUUAAUUGGAAAGUGAACAGAAAAAAAGUAUAAAUUUAAAUAAACCCGAAAAAAUUAUUACUCUCGCAAAAUUAGUGUAAAGCAGAGCCGGUGAUUACCCGCUUUGUUGUGCUAAUCGUGUAAGCUGUGGCAUUAAUUGCAGUUCUAAUAAGAAACAAAAAGUAAUAAGCGUGUGAAACUAAUGCAGGCAAAAAAUUAAUCAUUCAAUAAUUGCUGCGGUUUAGCGUGUGCGCCUGCAUAGUUUAUAUAAAUAGUAUUAAAUUUUAAUUAUUUUCGCCAAAUCAUAACAUUAAAUGACAGUGCACAGUAAUGACAGUGGUGUGUGUUUAGUAAUGAACGCCGUUUCAACUCGACCGACUGCAUCGCCCACAGCCGUCACCGCACAACCCGUCGCGCCGAUCCAACAACACCCCACCAACCUUAGCACCAACGCAACGCACACCGUAGCCGCUGCCAACGCGCCGCAACCCACACUCACCGCUUCGGUUGCGUCCGCUGUUGCCGCUGCUGCCGCCGCCGCCGCUGCUGCUGCAGCAGCUGCAGCUGGCGCUGUGCCACCACCACCAAAUACCAGCAUUAGUAAUAAUAACAACAACAACAGUCAUAUUAAUAGCAACGUCGUGCCUUUCACCAAGGGCAUCACGUCCACAGUAGCAACGCCGCUAACUAUCACAUCCGCCGCCGCCGCUGCUGCAGCUGCUGCUGCUGCCGCCGCACAUCAUCAUCAUAACAACAGCGCCAACGGUAAUCCGAUGGCCGUAACAUCGACAGUACCGCCGGGCGCGCGCUCCAUAUCGCCAUGUUCAACAGCUGCCACACCCUAUGGCAGCAGUAGUAUACCCGGUGGCGCUAGUCUUAGCGCAAGUGGACCAGGUAGUGGUGUAACGGUUUCGGUUAUAGGUCCACCGGGUAGUGGGCCGCCUGGCCUGCCGCCCGGUCUGGUUGGUGGUCCGCCGGGUGCGCCAGGUGCAGGUGGUGUACCACCGCCGCCGGGUACGCCGGGCUCAAAUCGUUGCUGUGAUACUGGACGCACAAUCUACACGGAUCCCGUUAGUGGUCAAACGCUGUGCUCAUGUCAAUAUGAUAUGCUCAGCUACCAGCGUUUGGCGGCCGCCGGCGGACUUGUCACGGGGCCGGGUGGUGUGCCGAUCGGCGUGUAUCCGGAGGGCAUGUCUGCGUAUCUAUCGGGCAUAGCAACUGAGCAGCCGCCCUUCUAUGCGAAUCCGGCUGGUUUGGAUUUGAAAGAGAAUUUGGUAGCUAGCGGUGCGCCAUGGCCCUAUCCAUCGGUGUACCAUCCCUACGAUGCAGCGUUCGGCUAUCCAUUUAAUAGCUAUGGUGUGGACUUGAACGGAGCACGUCGCAAGAAUGCCACCCGCGAGACCACCUCAACAUUGAAAGCCUGGUUGAACGAACACAAAAAGAACCCUUACCCCACGAAGGGGGAGAAAAUCAUGUUGGCAAUUAUAACGAAAAUGACGUUGACGCAGGUGUCGACGUGGUUCGCGAAUGCGAGAAGAAGACUGAAAAAAGAGAAUAAAAUGACGUGGGAGCCGAGAAAUCGCGUUGAUGACGAUGAUGCAAAUAUCGAUGAUGACGAUCACAAGAGCACGGAUGAUAAUGAUUUGCUAGAUGCCAAAGACUCUGGUCUGGGCUCGAACGAUGACAAAGAUCGCUCGAAUCGCUUAGGCGACUUGAGUGAUCGCCCCGGUGAGAGCAACAAUAGCGAAUGGUCGGGUUCGCGUCCCGGCUCACCAAAUGGCUCACCUGACCUUUAUGAUCGCCCCAUGGGCAUGCCCGGCGGUGGUCAUCCACUCUUUCAUCCCGCCGCGUUACAUCAUCACUUCCGCCCACCAGCCGGUUCGCCACCCGACAUCGCCGCCUACCAUCACCAUCAACAACAAUUGUUGCAGCAACAUCAGCAGGCGCAACAGAACUCUUUGCAGGCGGCGAGUGGUGCCGGCAAUGUUGGCGGCGGCAGUACAAGCGCCAGUUUAGCAGCAAAACCACGCAUUUGGUCGCUGGCGGAUAUGGCUUCCAAGGAUGGCAAAGACUCAGCGGCGAAAGAUAGUCCACCGGGCGGCAUCGGUUUGCCCGGCAGCAGUCUCGGCGAAUUACCACCCACACACCCCGCACUCUACGGUCAUCCCGCGCAACAUGCCUCACCCGGCAAAAUAUUGUCACCCUUGGCGGCGCGUAUACCAAAUUAUUCACCCUAUGUGCGACCCGAUCUGUACCGUGGUUUCUACGGUCCUGCCGGUCUCACCGGACCCUCUCAGGAAUUUCUCGAGCAUCAGCGUAAUUUCAAUGCCAGCUUAGCGGCACACAAUGGGCUCAGCAUGAAUCCGCUGCUGUGGAAGGCAGCCGUCACCGGUGGCACGCCCUUCGCGCCACUCAGCCUCACCACCAGCGGCAGUCAUCACGCGCCACAACAUGUGCCACCACCAGCGGGGGCAUCACCAUCCGCCUCCAGCACAUCAUCAUCGAUUGGUUGCGAUGUUGUGCAGCCACCCACUUCGAUGAGUCUAUCACAAGCACAUCAUAUGGGUCCCAUAUCGGGCAAUUCCACAUCCUCAUCGAACUCCUCCAAUUCGGGUAAAUUAUCACCGGGCAAACCAUGACAGUUGAACGUGUCACCAA